AUGUCACCGGGACCACAACUCGCGGUGGUUGAUCGCUUACUCAGGGACAUCAUGGGAUCGGAAUCUCCGUUCGGCGGUAAACCGGUCCUGUUCGCGGACGACUUCAUGCAAAUAUUGCCCGUCGUCCCCCGGGGAAGCAGGAGUGCCAUCGUCAUGUCGUCAAUUAAGCACAACUCUUUGUGGCAAAACUCGGAGAAGUUUGAAUUGACGCGAAACAUGAGCGCCGGUAAUGAUGCGGACUUCGCGGAUUGGUUGCUCCUGCUCGGCAGCGGUCAAUUGCCAACGGUCGACGGUGUUCAAGACACCGUUGAAAUCCCACGGGAAAUGGUAUGUAACGUUGUCGAAUUAAUUGAUUUUGUUUACCCGCAGCACAUGUCGUUGGCUAACGUUGACGAUUUUGCUCGGAAAAUUGUUCUGUGUCCCAGAAACGAGGAAUGCAGACAAAUCGUACGGUGCUACAGCGCUGAGAGGACGUAUACUGCCAUAGACACCGUGGUGAUCGACGAUUCCGACGAGGAAGCCAAUUUUCCUACCGAGUUUCUCAACUCGCUGGAACUGAACGGACUGCCGCCGUUCAAAUUGACGCUCAGGGUCGGCGCCAUCGUCAUGUUGCUGAGGAAUCUUGAUCCAAAGAGAAAACUGUGCAACGGUACGAGGUUAGUGGUCACCGAACUCCGGUGA